UGCCGCCGCCGGCAGCUGCUGGCCAUCUUUGCCGCCCUCGGCCUCCCCUGACCUUCUCUACCAGCCGCCCCCGACCAUCUCUGCCGCCGCCGGCUGCCCCUGAACAUCUCUGCUGGCCUGCUGCCGCCGGCGUUCCUCCCGCCUCUCGUUCGUCGUAUUGGUCGCCGUCGAGCUCGCUGACCUGCGGUCCCGUCCACCGUCUACCUCGCCGUUCCGGUCGCCGUCAUCAUCUCGCAGAAAAAUGGAAGAGGAAGAAGGGGACCAUGAGGCAUACCAAAGUGGUGGUUCAUCGUUGAUAUCCGGUGCGACAAUGAGAAGGGCUCAACCACCCCCAGGGGUGUCUCCUUCUUCGAUAAACAUUUGUAGAGCUUAUCAUGCAGGACGUUCACAAGACACUCGUAUGGUUGAUUGUGAAGAAGAUGAGGCUGAUGAAGAAGAUGUUGACUAUGAAGAAGAAGAGGAAGGAGAAGAAGAUGAGGAUGAUGAAGAAGAAUAUGAUGAUGAUGAAGAAGAAGAAGAAGAAGAAGAAGAAGAAGAAGAAGAAGAAGAAGAAGAAGAAGAGGGAGAUAAUGUGGAUGAAGAGGGAGGGGUUGAGAUCAUUGACAUGGGUUCAUUUUCUGAACCGGGAAGAAAGUUUUUGUCUAAAGUGUGGAAAGAAUAUGAGCCUAUCCGUGUUGAUGGCAUAGUUGUAGCUGCUGAGUGCAAACACUGUGCAAGGAAUAUUUGUGCUGAGCGUAAACAUGGAACAAGUUCAUUGCGCAAACAUUUGAAGAGAUGCAGGGAAAGGAAGAAGGUUCUUAGAGUUUCUGGACAGCUGAGUGCUUCUAUCGUGAGUCCUGAUGGAGUUGCAAUGGGGCUCUGGACAUUUAAUCAGGCAUUAGCACGCCGAGAGCUAAUGAGGAUGAUUGUGUUGCAUGAAUUGGCAUUCUCAUUGGUGGAGUACGAUGGAUUUAGAAGAUUUGUCUCUAGUCUAAAUCCUAGCUUCAAGAUGAUAUGUAGAAAAACAGUGAAGGAGGACUGCAUGAAAGCAUUUAAGGAAGAGAAGAGAAUUCUGCAAAGGAUGUUCCAAAACUCCAAAUCCAAGAUUUCUUUGACUACGGAUCUGUGGACAUCAAAUCAGACAGUGGGGUACAUUUGCAUCACAGCUCACUUCAUUGAUGAGGAGUGGAAGCCGCAGAAGAGGAUAGUGAAAUUCGCAGCUAUGGAGACGCCGCACACAGGAGCUGCAAUGUUCAACGUCAUGGUGAAUUUCAUAAGAGAGUGGAACAUUGAAGAUAAUCUCUUUGCUGUGACGCUAGACAAUGCAUCAAACAAUGGUGCAAUGAUGAAGCUAUUGAAGGCACAUCUCCUGCUUAAGAAGAUGUUACCUGGUAGUGGCAAGUUGUUUCACCAACGUUGUGCUGCCCAUGUCAUAAAUCUGAUAUGUCAAGCAGGAUUGAACUUCCUUGGUCCAGUGAUCAACAUGAUGCGUGAAAGUGUCAAAUAUAUUCGAAGCUCACCAAGUCGAAAGGAAAAAUUUCAAGAAAUCGUUGCGCAGCAUGGUGUAUCAUGUGGGAGAACUCCAAGUCUUGAAGUUCCAACUCGCUGGAACUCAACCUACAUGAUGAUUGAUAUAGCGAAGGAGUAUCGCGGAGUGUUUGACUCUUUGGCCAUUCACGAUAAACAAUAUACCUUCAAGCCAUCUUUUGAGGAUUGGGAAAAUGCCGAAGAUGUUUGCAGGCUACUGAAGGCAUUUUAUGAAGCCACUAAUGUGAUAUCGGGCACAAAAUAUCCAACUGCUAAUUUGUAUUUCCAUGAAAUGUGAAAAGUGAAGCUGACCUUAGAGCAACAACAUUAUGAAGAGGAUUCUGAGAUGGGUACAACAGUCAAAUAUAUGAAGAGAAAAUUCAGAAGGUACUGGAAGAUGACAUGGUUGAGCCUUUGUAUUCCAGUGAUUUUGGACCCACAAUUCAAGUUGAAAUAUAUUGAGUUCCGAUUUGGCCUAGAGUUUGGGAACGUAGCUGCAGCAAUGAUUGCUAAAAUAAAAAAAUGUGUUCCAAGGGUUGUUCAAGGAAUACCUCCAAUUGAAUGACAAUGGCUCAGAUCCCAUGUCACAAGGAGGUGAUGAUGACAUGGCUAUAAGUGGUGAAGAUCCUAUGGCUGAUUGGGACCAACAUGUCACCCUCACUGCUCGAUCAACAAAUUUGGAUUCUACUGAACUUGAUUCGUACUUGUCAAAGGUACCCAUCCGUCGAAGUGAUCAAUUCAAUAUCCUUGCAUGGUGGCAGACGAACUCAGGUGAAUACCCAACGCUGAGUCGCAUGGCAGUAGAUAUCUUGGCGGCUCCUGCCUCUGCGGUGGCAUCCGAGUCCGCCUUCAGCACAGGGGAGAGAGUCCUAUCAGAUUUUCGAAGUCGAAUGACCGCAACGACACUUGAAGCUCUUGUUUGCUUACAAGAUUGGAUAAGGGCCACCGCUAAUACUCAACGUAGCUUGGCUUCAGUUCAUGACAUUUUACUAGACUUACAAGAUAUCGAGGACUGAUGCUUGUUGGAGCAAUUGAUGUUAAACCUCAAGCAGAUGGUGAAGCAAAGAUAUGUCAGCUUUCUCUAUAACCUACUGGAUGUGAAAAGAUUAGCAUGUUGAACCUGUAAUAUUUUGAUCUUGUAUGAGUCUGUUGGAUUGAGGUCAUUAGCUUGACGUUCUUUGAAACUUGUAAUCUUUUGAUCUUGUUCGAAUCUAUUGGAUUGAGGUAUUUAGCUUGAUGCUCUUUCAAACAUGUAGUCUCAUGAUCUUGCCAUUUUACUAAACAUUUGCUAAAUUCUGUGUCGGCCUCAUGUACCCAAUGGGUCAAUGGGGCCACAAAAUUCUGAUAAAAUGGGCCGGCCCGUGGCCUCAUAUUUUGACCUUGGGGCCACGGGGCCAGGGCUGGGUCGGCCCAUUCCCAUUUUGACUCACUGUAGGCGGAUGCCGAGAACAGCUUGGGUUGUGGACCUGAGAAGCUCUGGCGCACACGGAGAAUUUACCCGGAGUAUCUGGU